AUGAAUGUUCUAAAAAUAAAGCGUAUUUACCAGCCUGUAGAAGAAUCAGAUGGGUAUCGUGUGCUCGUAGACCGUCUUUGGCCUCGUAGAGUCAAAAAGGAAGCUGCAAAACUUGAUGAAUGGAAUAAAGAUGUAACACCAUCAACUGAGAUUCGCAAAAUGUUCAAUCAUGAGGAAGAAAAGUUUGAUGAGUUCAAAAAGUUGUAUCUAGAUGAACUUAAUAAAAAUUCAAAAGCUGGUGAAUUUGCUUUCAAAAUUAGAGAUAUUUUGAAAAAUUCCAACGUGACCUUUUUGUAUGCUGCGCGUAAUGAAAAUUGUAAUCAUGCAAUGAUUCUUGAAGAAUGGGUUGAAGAACAUAUCAAAUAA